GCAUCAAGUUACUGCGUGUGCUUAAAUAAAUGGUGCGUUUGUGCCCAAAAAGGCCUCGCAGUGCCCAUGCGCUCCACUUCCCCAAACGCAAUGACUUCUUAAGGAGUCUCAACGUUUUAAACUGCGCACUGCUGGACUGUCAUCGCGCAAACUUGUACAUUUGCAUGUGCACAUGGCUGGGGUGUGUGGCAAAAGCGCAGUGUCGUUCUCCGUCCUCAAACGCUCGUUCUCGCUGCGGGGCUCCCCGCGCUCGGUGCUCAACGGCGGAGGGCGACGGAGCGCGCAGGAAGGGCGGCUGGUGUCAUGUCCGCCUCACCCGCUCAAGACUCACCGACACCCCGCGUAUUUGUGCUUUUCCUGCCAGGACUCCAUGAGCGAAACCCUGCGGACCUGUUACCUGUAUCUGAACCAAACGAGUCGGAGCUUCGCGGCUGUGAUCCAGGCGCUGGAUGGAGAGUUGCGACAUGCGGUGUGUAUAUUUUAUCUGGUUCUGCGAGCCCUGGAUACAGUGGAAGAUGACAUGACGAUCCCAUUGGAGAAGAAAGUUCCUCUUCUGCAUGACUUCCAUAAGUUCUUAUACCAACCAGACUGGUGCUUCACAGAGAGCAAUGAGAAGGACCGACGGGUUUUGGAGGAUUUCCCCACGAUUUCGGUGGAGUUCAGAAAUUUGGGUCUGCAGUAUCGGGACGUGAUCUCGGAUAUUUGUCACCGGAUGGGUGUUGGGAUGGCAGAAUUCCUGGAGAAGAAAGUUGGUUCCAUGAAAGAGUGGGACAAGUAUUGUCAUUACGUGGCGGGUCUGGUCGGGAUCGGACUGUCUCGACUCUUCUCAGCGUCUCAGCUUGAGGAUCCUGAGGUGGGUCGUGACACAGAACUGGCCAAUUCGAUGGGUUUGUUUCUUCAGAAAACAAAUAUCAUUAGAGACUAUCUGGAGGACCAGCAGGAUGGUCGGGCCUUUUGGCCUCAGGAGGCCUGGAGUCAGUUCGCGUCCCGUCUAGAGGAUUUCGCCCAACCUCACAACCUAAGCUCCGCCCUUUCCUGUCUCAACCUGCUGGUGACAGACGCUCUCCGCCACGUCCCUGAUGUCAUCGUGUACCUGUCCCGCCUUCGUAACCAGAGUGUCUUUAACUUCUGUGCCAUCCCUCAGGUGAUGGCGAUAGCGACUCUGUCUGCGUGCUACAACAACCCUAAUGUGUUUCAGGGUGUGGUGAAAAUCCGAAAGGGUCAGGCCGUUACUCUCAUGAUGCAAGCCACAAACAUGGGUGCCGUUCAGAGUAUCAUCGCACAGUACAGUCAGGAGAUCCUACAGAAAGUUUCCAUAAUUGAUCCGUCUCGGGAGAAGACGCUGCAAAUCCUGAGCGUCAUCAGAGAGAAGAGUCUUUCUCCGGCAGCGCUUUCCUCGAGGGCACAUCACCUCUCACCCAUCUAUGUCUCUGCGGCCAUGUUGUUGGCCGCUCUCAGCUGGCAAUACCUCAAUGCCACAGCAGGGCAACCACCAGGGGGCACAGACAUGCCAGGUCAUUGACACUUCAUCUGACACACUGUAUGGACAUAAAGAGCGACACAGUAAUAAUGCAGUAAUGCAGUCCGUCAGUCACACGAAGGAUUUAAAACCUCACUAAAACGUAUAACUUAUAGUCAAAAGAAAACAAAUUGUGGAUAAAGAAAAGUAUUUCUGGUAUUUGUGUUGGUGAGGAGGGUUUGUUUUGCUGACAAACAAUCCUUAACUUCAGGGAUAAAUGCUGGAAGAAAACAUGGAAUAUUUCUUAUUCCGGUAUUGUAGUCUUUCAUGUGAACAGGGAUUUUUACUCUGUGGUCGCAACAUUAAAGUGUUCAGGAUUAUACGAUGUUUGAUUGUUGGUAAUCGACAUAUGAAAGUACUCAUGUGCAUUUAGUUUCCCAAAAACACACCCGAAUCAAAAGAUUGAAGAGAUAUUUUUCAGGACAUGUAGUAUUUUUAUUGUUACAUUCAUCACAGUACUAAAGUGUGUCCUGAAGUUUUACUAUUUGAUUUUAGGGUGAUAUGGGCGUGUUUGACUUUUAAAAAAGACUCAUAUUGUAUGUUUUCAUAACAUAUAUGUGAUUAUCCCAAAGUCUGUCAAACUCAGAAUCAAAUAUUUAAUGGUUUAAGUGGCUGCUUGGAGAGAUCAUAGAAGAUAAAGUGACCUUAAUAUUUAGCUUUUAUAUAGAAAAGCUCGUGAGAUCUUUGUAUAUAUGAUUUAUUCAGCUUUGCUAUGUAAUGUGGGAGUCUAAUUUGUAAAUAAAUACAUUCAGAAAUAAUAAAUAUAUUUACAAAUAUUAUAA